CUAUAAGCUCUUGAGUGAAGAUGGCGGAGGCUGCCGCGGCUCCAGGACACCGGUUUUUCUGUCAUUGCUGUAAAGGUGAAACUGAGCCCAAGUUACCGGAAUAUGUAUGUCCCAGAUGUGAAUCUGGCUUCAUUGAAGAAGUUGCAGAGAACUCCAGUCUUCUACAGAGUGGUGACUUAACUGGUGAUACAGCUGUAGCCAGCGAUGACAUGGCCUCACAGAUUGCAGAGCUGUGGCAGCUGCUCUUCAUGGAACAUUCAUCCCUCCUCUCCGACCCCACAGUAACAGACGUGCUCCGCAGCCGCUCUGGUGUGGAAGCAGCAGUUGGUGAUCCUGCCUCUGGGACAGUGGGACCUGCAGCUUCCGUGGAGACAGUUUCAGAGUGCACAGAGCCUGCACACCUCCCUCAACAAAACAACCAGCAGCAACCCUCUAGACUGGACCAGGGACAGGCUGUGGAGGGGAUUGUUCAGCAGUUCCUGGCUGGUCUGUUUUCCAAUUCUGACAGUACAGAAUCCCAAACAUCCUCAUGGUCUAGCGUUUUACACUCUAACCCUGGAGACUAUGCUUGGGGACAAGGAGGUUUAGAUGUGGUCGUUACACAGCUGCUUGGUCAGUCUGAAAAUACUGGUCCCCCUCCUGCUGAGAAAGAGAUGAUCUCAUCCCUCCCUACCGUUAGCAUCUCGCCAGAACAGGCUGCAUUCCGACUGGAAUGCCCUGUGUGUAGAGAGGAGUACUCUGUAGGGGAAUCUGUCCGACAGCUGCCCUGUCUGCACUGUUUUCACAGCAACUGCAUUGUGCCCUGGCUACAACUGCACGACACCUGUCCUGUCUGUCGGAAAAGUCUGAAUGGUGAAGACUAUAGUUUCCAGUCACAGACAACACCUCCAGAGCCAAUCCCAUCACCACCGACUGUAGAAGAGCAUAGCAACUUUGAGACUCUUUAGACACCUUUUAUUCAACUGAUCAAUUCAGGACUGACAGAGAGAAGCAAAGUCAAUGUAAGCAAUGUGCAGAGCCCCAAAAAAUGUCCUUCCGUGUGCUUUUUAUUUCAAAAUACAUUUUAACUGAGAAAGACAAACUUCUUGGAAUCAAAUUAUAUUAUAAUCAUUUUGGAAUUUUGAGAAAGCUUUUUUUUUUUGUGAUCAGCAUUUGUAUUUUUUUUAAAUGUUUGUUAAGUUGUUCCCAAUUGUGCUCUCAAUUUAGAGGUUUGCAACCCUAUCCCCAGUGACUUUCCACCUGUGGGAUAAUUCUAACUACCUAACUAUCCAACCUAAACUAAUGAACAACUACCAAAGUCAUCAGCCAACACAAGAUUAAUCAAUUUGGAUAAUUCCAGGUUGGAACAAACACAAUAUCUUAGGUGUGCCCCCAGGACUGGAGCUGAGUUAGAUGAUACGGAGACAGUCUCAGAGGGUACAGUUCAAAUGGCAUAUGUAUAUUUUAUGAUGCACGUUUACCCUAUAGCUUCUUCAAGCUUUAAAUGUUUGAAUACCUCACAAAUAAGUGAGCACACAGUUCACUUCCACUUACCUGUCAAUUCAUGAAAUCUGCUCCACACAUGCCUUCACCCUUUUGAAGGCAUCACAUAGACAAUUUUUUUUACUGUAUCUGCAUUAUUUUUGCACUGUAAAAUAAAUGAGUUCAGUCUACACAUUACAAGUUUUGUGGUGGCACCAGAGCUUUAACCACAAUAAACACUCAAACUUUUACAUUCGGUUCCCCCAUUUUGAACAUUUUGUAACAUCCUUGAUUGGCAUCAAUGUUUACAGUGAAGAAUACUUUCUUAUUGAGAAAUGUGUGUAAUGUCUGUAUUGUUAAAUUGUUAUGGUGUGUGGCUUCUCAUGGAUAUUGAGAAAAAUGCCAUUUUUUUUUAUUCAAGAGGGAUUAGUUCAGUAUCUGUGUUUUAUUUUAAUAACAUGUUUAAACCUGACACUGUUUAUUUAAAUGUUUCGGAACCGUUUUGAUGUACAUUAGGAUAAUUUUGCCUUCAUUCUCAGGGUUGUUUGACUUUCUGCUCCAUAUUUUGAUACCAAGAUACAGUACUACUUACAAGACAGCUCAAUUCAUGGAAUGCCUUUUGUAUCUUUUAGAGUGGUGUUUGGAAUUUUAUACCAUACAGCUAAAUGAGAUGUUUCCAAGAAAAACCAAUGUUGCAGCAAAUAUCUAGAAAAAGGCAUUUCACCCAUAAAAUAAACCAAUUGAUCAAGGUUGCACUCACAAAGCAAAUAAAGCACAUAAC